AUGGAGGAAGCUGAAUUGCUGAAAGAAAGAUUCCAGGCCAUAACAGACAAAAGAAAACUGCAAGAAGAAAUUACACAGAAACGUCUAAAAGUGGAAGAGGAAAAAAUGAAACACCAACAUUUAAAGAAAAAGGCCUUGAGAGAAAAAUGGCUCUUGGAUGGCCUUAGCUCUCUCACUCCAAAAGAGCAAGAAGAAAUGCAGAAGCAGAACUGGGAGGACCAACAACGGACCCAUGAGCUGGAACAAGAUAUUCUCAGACUGGAGAAGGAAAUUGAGGCUUUGGAAAAAGAGGAAAUGGAAGUUUCAACUAAGGAAGAAGCAAUUUUAAAGAAACUGAAGUCUGUUGAGAAAACAACUGAAGACAUAAUAAAGUCUGUGAAGACUGAAAAAGCAGGAGUUGAAAAAGAAGCAGCAGACUACAUAUAUGCCAACAUACCUGACCUGCCCAAGAAUUUCAGGCCUUCUGCACUGAGAAAUGCAGCACAUGCUGCCACCGAGGAGGAAGAAAGGAGAAAAGCAUUGUUUGCCAUGGAAAUUAAAGUUGAAAAAGACAUGAAGACAGGAGAAAACACAGUGUUGUCAACAAUACCUCUCCCCUCAAAGGAGUUUAAAGAGACAGGAAUUAAAGUCUACGACGAUGGCAGGAAGUCAGUCUAUGCAGUGUCCUCAAACGGCAGCACAACACAAAAUGAGAUGGGUGAGCUUGCUCCUGUCGAGGUGGAAGACCUGCUGCGGCAGGCCACGGAGAAGAACUCCCAGUCUCCCACUGAGUACCAUGAGCCUGUCUUUGCAAACAAAUUUUGCAGGCCAGUUACUCCUCACAAAGACAAAUUAGUCCCUGGACCAAAGCUGGAAGACGCUCACAGAAGAGAGCUCAAUGGAUUUAGCAACCAUCAGACAGAAUUAUCUUCCAAAACGGAGCCCUUUCUGCAGCAACAGAAAGAGAAUGGCCUUGACCUUCCCAAGGUAAUACAGCCAAAAUCUCCCUCUCCGGUCCUUCCCCAUUCAGAGAACCAAGUGCACACUAAUCCUGAAAACAGGAUGAUCCCUAGGGAAGAAAGAAAAGCUGCACUUGCGGAAGUAAAACCUUACCAGAACACAAGGGAAAGACAUAACGAGACAAGGGCCUUCAGUCCAGCCCGUGUGAACGAAACACCCCCUGCACCUCAAGAUAAGGAAGAUGCUCAGUACAGCGUUGUCCAGGCUACACCAUGUUACGUGGAUGACUCUGAACCAGUGACAAUGAUUUUCAUGGGUUAUCAGCGCGUUGAUGAAGAUGAUGAUGACAACCCAGAAGGAGACCAAAAACUAUCACGCUACGAUGGGGUUAUCCGUGCAGAAUUAGUUAUCAUUGAUGACGACGACGACGAAGACGACAGCAAAUCUGAGAAGCCAGCUUAUCACCCCAUAGGCCACUACAGCCAGGUUUAUCAGCCACCAAGCAGGAAAUCCACAGAAGUCCCACAGACAAACCUCGUGAGCAGUCUGGGCACAAGCCUGAGCAAAGUACCCCACAAAAACUCCAUCUCUCUGCGAGAACAAGAGGAGCGCUUGAGCUCGCCCACACACCCUGCUCCGCUCCACCAACAGCUGUCUGGAGAUGGUACUGAAGACCCCUCACUAACAGCUCUGCGAAUGAGGAUGGCAAAGCUGGGGAAAAAGGUCAUUUAACAGCUGUAAUGACUUGGAAGUCAAAUUUACUGUUCAAAGCAGAAUAAAGCUAA